AUGGCCGGUUACAAGAAGGCUAUCGAGGUUUUGCAGAUUAGUGGCGCGAAACACAUUGAUCCUUACGAUUUGCCGACUGAUACAGAACAGGAGAUUAGAAAAAAGAAUGCAAAAGAGGAGUGUUACCAGGUAUUCCGAUUGACCCUAGCACCACAUGCUGUUGACCUCCAGCUCAGAUGAUUACUGUCUGCAGUACCUCAUUAACGUGUCUCUGUUCGUCUACGCCUUUUAAAAUUUUAGCGCCGCCUAUCUAAGCUGGCACAGCUGAAAAGGACUCUGGUUGUCAAGAAAGAAGAAUUUUACUCCCAAAAAGUGGUCGAACUUAAUCGGCUUGCUGACCUUUUGGCCCAGCUCGAUUGUAAUGCAGAUAUAUCUUUUGAAAAUCUUCCACAAGAUACAUCGUCUGAGGGGAAAUCUGAAGCGUUGGUUAAACUAAAGCGUCUUUUUGAGCUGGUUGUGGCUGAACGAAAAGUUGAUACCUUGGCACCGACACGGGCAGGUUCUUUGUGGUGGUAUUCAAAGGAAGCCGUCCUGAGAGAACACGUUGCCAAUUCCAUUGCGGAACGGGAAGCCCAGCAUCUGCGUCAAAGACGGCAAAAAUGA